ACAACAUAUCAAUCAAGCUGGUGUUCAAAAAAUUGUCUUAGGUAUUUUAUUUUCAUGAGGGGUGAAAAUAAACUAUGGCUGAUAGCUAAUAUUUAGCUUAAUUAUAUCAGUUUGUAAAAUUCUUCAAUUUGUUUGUAUUUCAAAGCAAUACGAUGACUAAUCGGGGAUCGGGGAAAAUUUAAUGUAAUUAUUGAAACACCACAGCAGCCACCUUUGUUCUAAAGUACGGAGUAAAUACGUAGACGAUGUCAAAUAGCAGCAUUCGAGUGAUGCAAGUGUAAAAGUAAUUUUAUUAUUUUGCAGUGAUCGGUCGAGUUAAAUGUUUGUCACAUUUAAAAAAAUAAGAGAUUUAUAUUGAAAAACGUGGACAACAGCUGAUCCAGAUCAGUUUUUUAAAAUGGACGAGGACGAAAUGAACAAUGCACGAGAGAGAGUGAAAGACGUACCUUCUAAUAGAGGACAAAGAAGACGCGCGCAAGGAACUUCUAUACCUUCGAAUUCACGACAGAGACGAAAUGAGAAUAUAAAUACUUUUCAAAAUUAUCCCAUAUGGCCUAAACCAAUAGCGCCCUUACUACAUAAAUUCCCCGGAAAUAAACGGGGAAAAAAACAGGAAAGGGGUGCUGGAUAUAGUCAAGGUUUCGUUCCCAAUAAUAAUAAUCGAUCAAUUCAACGGCGUCUCGACAUGAACGAUAGUGGUAAUCCCAUUAAUAGCCAAAGAAAAAUGGGGUUCAAGACCUUAGAAGAAUUAGCUAAUGCGGAAAGCAGAGAUAUACUGAUGAAAAUCAGCAUAAAGAGAGAAGCUUUUAUGGAUUUUAUAAAUUCACCGAUAGAUCGGCCCGAUGUAUUUCCGCUCUUAAUGAGAAUCUUGUCCAAAUCUUGCCAAACAUCGUUUGAUAAUCUUAGACUAAAAUUUAUAGUAGAAGUAUGCAGUUCUCAAUUUUUGCUUUACUUGCAAAAUUACUUACUAAAUUUACCAUAUGGCACAGAAAAGCGGGCAAAUAACUUGUACUGGAAUGAUCCAAUAGAUUUUUGGAGUAAUUUUGUACAAUUUUGCGAAUGCGUGACAACUGUGUCGCCGUCGACGGCGCUCCGCAGUUGUAGGGCUCUGAUCGAGGCAACUUCUAAAGUUUGUUUGGACGGCCUGAGCGAGCGCCACGGUUUUCAGCUUCCCGAUGAAUGUGCAUUGAAAUUAAUUCAGCUACGAACCUCCUUAACGAAUCAGGAGAAAGAAGUUGAGGUGAAACAAAAAACUAAUUCCUACCAGUUGGAAAUUGAUGAUGGGGAACCACCGGAGAACUUUCGAGAACUGAGCGUUGUGCCGAGUCACCAGGACCUGUUGGAGCAGCGGCCGUUCGUGAGGCCCAACAUUGUCGACGGCGCUUAUCGUGACCAAGAACAUUAUCUCGAUGUACAAUUCAGGUUGCUGCGUGAAGAUUGUUACGGCCCACUUCGCGAAGGAAUAAAUCAACAUAUAAAGGAGCCCAUGAAGAGAAAAUAUGAUCACAUCCGAUUAUUACGUAACGUAGUGUUUGUGGAUCCAUUCAUUUCCCAAUUGAAAUCAGGCUAUCUCGUGCAAGUAGGAUCCAAAGAUAUGACACAUUUCCGAAAGACUAAUUGGACACAUAGCAAACGUUUUAUGUUUGGUUCGCUUGUGCUGUUCACCAAAGAUAACUGUAAAACCUUUAUAGUUGGCACAAUUUUGGAUCGUGAUGUCAAAUACUUGUCGCAAGGAAAGAUACCGGUAGCAUUGGUGGACGACACGACUGGAGUGAACAUUUGUUUCAGUGGCGACAGAUACACUAUGAUAGAAAGCGAAGUUUACUUCGAACCUUAUUACCACGUGCUCAAUGCGAUCAAGGAUCCCAAAUUCCCCGAACACUUGGCCUUGAGCAAAUAUAUUGUCGAUGUAGAUCCGACACCGAAUCUACCUCGUUAUCUAAAACCACAACAAGUGUACGAAAUCGAAUGUGAUUAUAUUGAUCACAGUUUCGUAGUGGAACAUGAGGAAACUUGGCCGACUAAUAAUCAGUUGGGCCUCAAUGAAACACAAUACGAGGCGUUCAAGUUGGCGUUGACUCAUGAAUUCGCAGUCAUCCAAGGUCCACCUGGUACGGGAAAGACUUUUAUCGGUGUUAAAGUUGCCACGACCUUGAUUGAGAAUUUAAAAAGUAAUUUCAACAAAUGCCUGUUACUAAUGAUUUGUUACACGAAUCAUGCAUUGGAUCAAUUUUUGGAAGCUAUUCUGCCUGUGACCGAGUCCGUGGCGCGUAUCGGCGGCCAGUCGCGCAGCGAAGUUAUGAAGAAGUAUAAUAUAAACGAGUUAAGGCUUCAGUUCUGUCGUCACAACCGUGGGAAACAAUAUUUCUAUGAUGAAAGAGAUAAAUUAAGAACGUUGAAUAAAAAACUAAAAGACGCACAGGAGCGUCUUCAUUCUUUACACAAUGAAGUACUCAGUUACACGUGUGUACAGAAAUACGUUGCUGAAAUAAAAGUGUUGAAACAAUUUUAUGGACACGGCAAUAAUGAUCCUUUGGAACAAUGGUUAUUUGAAAAUAUAGAUAUUGACGCUGAACUUCCUUCCAAUGAUGAUGAUAAUGAACAUUUCGUAUUAAACGACAACGAACCCAAAAACAAUAGGAAUGACUUUUAUAUUGAUGAUUUGGAUGAUGAUAACGACGAAUUGAAUGUUAACGUCGUUGAGCCCAUGGCGUACGUGUCCACGAGUUUUUCACUACCAAAAGCUAUUACGGAGAUGAGAAAUAUGCGACACGAAUAUCAGAAAUGUAAAAAUCCGCAAGAACUACAAAAGCUCCAUUCAGAAAUUUGUCGAUAUAAUAGCUACAUACAUCUUUUCACAGAAAUGUCUUCGUAUCGACGGCACAAACACGACAACGUCCGGCUGCAAGCUAAUCCUACGAAGAUGUCCACUCAAGAUCGCUGGCUCCUGUAUUUUUCUUGGGCUGAAAUUGUUAUCGCUAAUCUCAUGGAAAACAUAAUCCCAUUACAUAAAAAAUUUGCGGAGGCGAGUAAGAUUUACGAAGAAUCGAGGAUGGCAAUAGAUCUUGAGAUUUUAAAAAAUACAAAGGUCAUCGGCAUGACCACAACCGGGGCUGCGAGGUUAAGGAAAUUGUUACAGGCUCUGGCACAUCCAAUAGUAAUAGUAGAGGAAGCUGCAGAAGUUCUUGAACAGCACAUAAUAACAUCGCUCACACGACAUUGUCAACAUCUCAUUCUAAUUGGUGACCAUCAACAAUUGCGGCCAUCCGCAGCUCAUAUGAAAUUAGCCAAACAUUACAACAUCGAAGUGUCGCUGUUCGAGCGCAUGAUCAACAACAAGAUUCACAGUAGCCGGCUGGGCGUGCAGCAUCGCAUGCGGCCAGAGAUCGCCUCGCUCAUCUCCCCCCACAUCUACCCGCACCUCCUCAACCAUCCCUCCGUCGAACACUUCCCCGAUGUAAGAGGGAUGACGACUAACCUGUUCUUCCUCAGUCACGACUUCCAAGAAAAUGAAGUCGAAGAAAGUUCAAGCAAAUGCAAUGAAAAGGAAGCGGACUUAGUGCUCGGCUUGGCCAACUAUCUCUUGCAGCAGGAUUAUGCCGCGGAGGAUGUUACAAUUCUCUCCGCUUAUUCCGGACAAAUGUUUUACUUGAGGAAGCAACGCGCAUUAUACUCGCACUUGACGGAUGUUAAAAUCACCGUCGUUGACAAUUAUCAAGGCGAGGAAUCUAAAAUUAUUAUCCUAUCACUCGUACGGAAUAACAAUAACAACAAAAUUGGUUUCUUGGGAACCGUAAACCGGAUUUGCGUGGCUUUGUCCAGAGCCCGAGAAGGUUUCUACUUAUUUGGAAAUAUAGACAUAUUGAAAACGAAUUCUGGACUUUGGGAGAAAAUCGCAUCAACUUUGGAAAACAAUGGAUCGCUGGGGAGUAGACUGCGUUUGCGUUGCGAGCGGCAUCCUGAUGAAAUUACUUGGAUUUCAGAUGCGGCAGACUUUGAGAAAUCUCCCGAAGGCGGUUGUUUGAAUAAAUGCACUUACAAUUUGACCUGCGGACACCCAUGUCCAAUGAUAUGUCAUGGCUACGACCGCGGACAUGUCAAUACAAAGUGCACAUUGAAAUGUGAAAGAAUUUUAUGUGAGAGUGGGCACGUGUGCCCGCUGAUGUGCGCGGCGAAGUGCGCGCCGUGCGUGGUGCCAGUGACACGCCGCCUGCCCUGCGCACACGACAUGCAGCUGCCCUGUCAUCUGGAGAUCACAGAUCCUUCUAUUAAGUGUAAUACCAUCGUCACCGUUACCUUGAAAGAUUGUCAACAUCAGGCAAAGAAAACCUGUUACUUGGAUGAGAAAUUAGUGCUUUGCCCAGUGCCUUGCGUGUACAGGGUUGAGAAAUGUGGCCACCAAUGCGAGCGUACUUGCCAUGUCAACAAUGAUCCUCGUCAUGAAAAAUAUGUAUGUCAAAAGCCUUGCGCAAAAGCCAAGGAAGGAUGCAUGGCGGGUCUUAUUGGCGACCGCGGCGACCACCAGUGCCCCAAGAGAUGUCAUGAAGCUUGUGACCCAUGCGUUGUAGAAGUUGUAAAGAAACGUGCCAACUGUAAACAUUCUGAACGCAUCGCUUGCAACAAAGCCGUAGACGACACACAGUGCAAAAAGAAAUGUGCCCGCUCCCUGCCUUGUGGACACUUCUGCAAGAAGAAAUGCUUCGAAGCAUGUGGAGACUGCACGCAAAUGAUGACAAAGGUCAUACCGGAGUGCGGGCACAAAGUGAAAGUGCAAUGCAAGGAGGCGGCGACUCGCGAGCUCUGUACUGAGAUAUGCGAGCGCAAGUUGUCGUGCGGCCACACUUGCCGGGGACGCUGCGCCGACGACUGUGACGUCACCACUUGUACCGAACACACGGAUCAACUUUACAAAUCGCUUUGCUCACAUAAAGUUCGAUUGCCGUGCAACGUCAUACGAUCUGCGGGCACUGAACUAACGGAUGAAGUAUACUUGCGACACUGCGAGGCACCGUGCGGAGCGCUGCUGGCGUGCGGGCACCUGUGUGGGGGCACGUGCUCCAAGUGUCGCCAGGGCCGUCUGCAUGUCGCCUGCAGCCAGACCUGUCACCAAACCAACAUCUGUGGACAUCAGUGCCAAGAACCGUGCAACCAGGUGUGUCCGCCAUGCAGCAAGCGAUGUGAGGUGCGGUGCACACACUCCCAGUGCGGCAAGCUGUGCGGCGAGCUCUGCGCGCCCUGCCAGGAGGCGUGCUGUCGGCGAUGCUCGCACGGGGCGUGCCAGGGGCGCUGCGGCGAGGCGUGCUCGCGGGCCGCAUGUGACGCACCCUGUCCGCGGGCCCUGAGCUGCGGGCACCCCUGCCGCGGAUUAUGCGGCGAGCCCUGCCCCGACAUCUGCAAAGUCUGCCGCCCCGAACAUUUCCCCACGGGCUUCAUCGGCGAGGAAUACGAUGACGAUGCCAAGUUCAUUCAGCUGCAGGACUGUCCGCACGUAAUGGAGGUGCAGGAGAUGGACAGCCUGAUGACGGCGGAUAGGGAGACCAUCGCCAUCCGUACCUGCCCCUUCUGCAGGAAGCCCAUCAUCAACACCAACAGAUACAAGGAUCUCGUCAACAGAACCUUCGCUCUUGAAAUCAAUCCGGUCAAAGAACGUGUCUAUGGAACCACGGAACAGAUAAAAAUUAAACAGAAUGAACUUAAAGCAGCACUGAGAGAAUUUACAGCAAAAAAUAAAGCAAUUAGCUCAGAUAUACCAAUAUGGAAAAAAUCACUCUCAAUGUUAAUAGCGAAAUGUAAUCAAAAUAGGAAGAGAUCACUGUUAAGUUUGGAGAUGGAUUUCAUUUUUCUAGAAAUAUUGGAUAUGAUAUCUGAUGUUUACGAUAAAUCUCUUGCCACUGAAAUGAAUGAAUCGAAAGCGGACCUGCAGAUGCACAUUGAAAUAAUAUGUCAAUAUUUAAUCACAAAUACACAGAAAAUAAGCCAACAGCAACAAACAGAUAUUGGAAAAGAAAUAAAGAGAUUGAAUUACAUAGUUCAACUUAACAAAAUAACAGGUCAUUUGGAAUACAAGAGAGUGGUUGCGGUUAAUUCUGCACUGGUGGAAUAUGCGGUCGCGGCAAAGCGAAUCAUACUUGGAUGGAAUGUUUUUGACGAAGAAAAAGCACUGAACGCGUUACGACAACUACAAGAAAAAGUAAAACUUUCCGGUAUUGUGACCAAAGAGGAACGCGACUUGAUCGUUAAAGCUAUAGGUCUUAAAGCCGGUCACUGGUACAAAUGCCCUAACGGCCAUUUCUAUUGCAUCGGGGAAUGUGGCGGGGCCAUGGAAGUGGGUCAAUGUGUGGAGUGCGGAGCUCGCAUCGGCGGCUCCAGCCACAGGUUACUCGGCACCAACAGACACGCGCCUGAGAUGGAUGGCUCUUCAUACGCAGCUUGGUCGGAACAAUAUAAUAAUAUGGCCAACUUUUUAAUCGAUUAACUUGCACCAGACAUUUUCAAAUGUUAUCCUAUUAUUACAUCAUUUAAUUUUAAAUAUUAUAAUAGUAAGGGCACCAUGACUAGAACGUAUUUAGCGUAGAUUAUUAAUUUAGUUCAUUCUAACAAGACAAGGCCUAAAUAUGCAAACAAAUAUCGAUAAAAUUAUAAGGCGGCUCUACACUAUUUUAAUUUUCAUUUAAAUAUUACAGUUUUGUAGAAAUGGUGCGAUAAAAAAUAAAUCGGUACUCUCAAUUCGGUCCAUAUUGUAUCUAUAUUUCGAAGCCCCCAGCCAACAAGUCGGUAAUGUGCUAUUACGGACUUUUUGCUGUUAUAUCAAAUUUGGCAUCUACGGGUUGGGAUACACCUUUGUGAAUUUUUUUCGUAUUUUUCCUGUGUUUUAUUUAGGUCAAAAAUGAUAAGCAUUUAUAUUUUUAUUUAUUUUAUAUUUUUUAUUAUGCUUUUUAAUUAAUAGCUUGGAUUCUAUUAUUGAGAUAAAUUAAACGUAUGACUAGAUAGACCAAAAAAUUAGCUUUCAUUUGAUGCCUUAUUGUCAUCAUAAUUUGCAGGCGUUAAAUAAAUAUGAAUCGAAACAGUUUUUCGUCUCUCCUAUAAAAUUUGUAUUUUGCGAUUACGGACAUAUUGGCUGGGAGCGUCGAAAUGAUUACUAUUUUUAAUAUCACUAAGUCUGUAGAUUUUAUUACUUUACGUCAAUUCAUUAUCUCCCUUUUUCCUAUAAAGUGACGUCAUAGUAUAUAUUACUCUUACAUCUAUCAGCCGUCAUAUGACUUAUUUUCUUUCUGUGGUAUAUUAGCUUUUACACAAUUCAACCAUACUUUUUUCGGUCUUCCUGUUUAAUACAAAAGUCAUUUACUUAUACACAUAGAUGCAGUAUCAAUUUAAUUCAGUAUACUUGACUGAGAUAGACUUGAAAAUUAAAUACAUAAUUGUACAUAUCGACGCUGGAAAGCAUAAACGCUGU